GCAGAAUGAUUUGUUGUCGGUGAAACAUUGCGAGGUAAACACUUAUGCGCGGCUGUUUACUCGAAAAUCGUUGAUAAAAUUUUCCUCAUCGUGGAAUUUAAGUAGUUUGAAUGUAAUAAAUAAAAAUGUGAAUGAAUUGUUUAUCGAAUGUUGAAUAAGUAAGGGAUGCUUUCAAGCAAAACUUAAAAAUAUACUCGUGAAAAAAGAAAUUUGCAAUUUUAACACGAUUCAACGCGCAUGAAGCGAACGACCGGCGCGAGUACUUGAAAGUGGUUUUGCAUAGUGAACGGAAAUUGGAAAAACUGUCAGUUGUGAAGGUCUGUGUAAUAGCUAAAAGUUCAGAAAAAAGUAUACCCAGCCAAAUACCAUGAAAAAUAUACAAUAAGAGCGAAUCUCUAAACUAAUUGCAAAAAAAUCCAAUAAAGUUUCUGAAAACCAAAGUAUAUUUGUGUAUUACAAAAUAAAAAUUAUAAAUUGCAAAAUAACGACAAAUACUUCCAAAUAUUUAAUAUUUAACACUCAAUUUCAUUAUCAAAUAACAAUGGAUUAUUAAAAAAAAAAAUCAUUAAUUAAAUUAAUUAAAAAAUUAAAAAUAAGUGAUAAAGUAAAAAGUGUGUUUUGAACUGAAAAAUCAAUGUAUUACAAUAAAAACAUGCAGCUGAUAUAAAUUAAGCAACAAAACGGCUUUUGAAUGCAAAAAAAUUGGUGCGAAAAAUUCACUGCCGCACGUAAACAAUAGCAUUCCAGUAUUACACCAACAAUUGCGAUAAAUAACAAUAUUUGCGAAAUUGUGAACACCAAACGGAAGUGCAACACAGAGUUCGCCGGAAGUGAAUGUGUAAAUCUUAAAAUCAAAAAUGCAUUAAAUCAACACCUCUGGUAAUCCACAAUCGAAAAGUGUUCAAACAAAAGUGCGCCGGUACAAAACAAACCGUCGAACUAACAUAAAUAAUCCACACUUCCUGAAACCCACACACACACACACACAUCGCUAGCAUGGAGGACGAACUACGUUGCCCGACAUGCAAACAACUUUUCGCCAAUCCGGUUUUGUUGCCCUGCUUCCAUGCCCUCUGCUUGGGCUGUGCACUUGACAUACAGACCGCUUACACGCCCGCCUCAGCAUUGGCCGCUAUCAACGCCGGCGCUGGUCUCGUCUCGAACGGCAACAUCAACGGCGGUUGCCUAGUUCAUUCGCAUCCAUUGCACGGCACAACAGCACAUGGUAGCACCGUUACCACCACUGCUACAGUCCAUUCACACAGUGGCGUUGGUACGCCAGCACCACCACCUUCACAUCCACCGUCGACACGUCACUCGUCGAAUAGUUCAGCCGCCAGUACUGCCAGCUCGGCUACGGGCAGCGAAAGUGUCACAUCCGAUCAGGAUCAAGCCGAUAAGGUGAGCAUCUUGAGUGAGGCUGAUUCGGGUGUUGUCUGCUGUUCGAACACAUCUCGUCCGGUUUCGUACGCUGGCACUGCACAGUUGCAGGGUUUAUUGCAGGGCGCUGCUGCUGCGCCACCCGGUGCCGCUUUCUAUCUCACCUGUCCGCUCUGCCGGAAGCUGGUGUUCUUCGACGAGGGUGGCGUGCGCAACUUGCCCGCCUAUCGCACCAUGGAAUCGAUUGUUGAUCGUUUUUGUGCACGCGAGGCGCUACGUUGUCAAAUGUGCGAAACAGAUCCGAAGGUCGCCUCGACUGUGUGCGAGCAAUGUGAGAUACGUUACUGCGAUGCAUGUCGGGAGCUGUGUCAUCCAGCACGUGGGCCGUUGGCCAAACAUAAUUUGGUGAAGCCGCGCAAUGCGGCACCGCAAAGAGAGUCCGUCUGUGGCGACCAUGCCGAUACGUUGUCAAUGUACUGUUUGGUGUGCAAGAUGCCCGCCUGUCCACAGUGCAUCGCCGAGAAACAACAUCCCGGACAUGAAGUGCAGUCCAUCAGCGUCACUUGCAAGGCACAAAAGGUAAGUGCAUAGUCGAUAAUUUAUUUAUUUUGCCAAUGUCUAUAUGAAAAAGUUUCCUAAAGCUCUGCGGAGGGGGCGUUGCAAUGCGAUAUCCUUAUAAAAACACGUUCGCUUUAAUGAAAUCGAUAAAUCUUACAACACCUAAUGGCACUUUGCUGGUUGCUAUGCUGCUUACUUCCUUCUUUGUAGUAUCCUUUACUCGUUGCCUUACGCCGAGGUCGUUCAUCAAGCUAACUAAAGUAACGCAUAAAUCUUUAUUUGUAUUUAUUUACCUA